ACAUAAAUAAAUGCAUUACAUUAAGAACUUAGCUACAUAAGGAAGUUCAUCCACCGGUCUUUUUGAGUCCAAUCAGGUUCACACUUUUAUUAGGUUCAAGCAUACAUAUCUUUUCUUUGUAACUUAAAAUUCUAAAAAUGAAAUUAUCUUAAAAUCUACUCAUAAUAAAUGCAAAUCUGGCAAUUACCACUAAAUCACUGUCAUUGGGUGGACCGUAGUGUCCCAGACAGAGUUCACUCACUUUAGUGGAGUGUAGUAAAUGCAUAGAGUAUGAGUAACGUAAUCAAUGAGACUUAACUCGUAAGUAUUGAGAUGAAGAAGUUAUCGAUUGACUCAAUAUUCCUUUUGAACAUAUACUUUAAGUAAUUAUUUUUAAAAUGAAUUGUUGUAAAGUUUUAUAAUAAAUAUAAUUGCUUUGUUAUAUCGUUUUAUCAAAGAUGAACAAUUGUGUAAAUACUUGGACACGCCCCCUUUCCACGGCAGAGUAACCGAGUGUACUAUGAGUGAUUCAAUUGUGAACUAGAGUUUCUAGUGGAUUCUGCUGUUUAAUUAUGAAUUAUUAUUAUGUCUUUGAGUUUAGAGGUCUAAUCUUUCUAAAAAUAAAACAAAAUUAAUUAAAGUUACAGUUUACAAGCAAAUUAAGCAUAUUUUGUUGCCAUCCAUAAUCAUAAUGAUAAUGAAUAUGACAUGACAAAUGAUAUUAAAUGACGGCAGGACCAGGCAUCAGGGGAGGAGCUGGAGGGUCACAUUUUUAUGACGAGGGGGUGGGUUAAAGUUAAAGCAAUUGUGAGUUACAUUAAAAACUGAACAUUCUUGAAAAAAUUGCACUUAAUAUUAUUAAUAAUGCUAAAUUACAGACAUUUCAACAUUUAAAUUAUUCUCAAAUACAAAUUUAUUUUAAUAUUAAACUAAGAUCACUGAAAGACAUCUGAAAAAUGGCAUCUAAUCUAGUUACAGGAUGCCCUAGUGGAGGAGAAUCAGAGUGUAGCGAUUUUGACAGUCAUGAGAAUUUAUGUUUGAAUGUGGAGACAGUAGUCAUAGAAUUUGGGCUACCACGUGAAGUGCAAUGGAAAAAAAAUUGUUGACCGGAGGGAGGAGGGUGAUCUUUAUAAAUGUUCUAGGGCAUGGAUUCCUAAACUUUUUGCAGCGGUUAAUUUUGAUGCUGUAAAAUUUUAGUUUUGGAACAUAACAAUAUUUAGCUUUAACUGAUUAACUGCAUAGAAAGAGUAAAGAGUGUUAUAUUUACGAAAUUUAAUUUAUUAGCUAACCUUUUCAUAUCAUUAUAGCUUUAUGUGUAAAUUUAGGGUCUCUUAGUAUGUGUUCAGGUGUGGUCAUGGCCAACCCAUUUUCAUGAUAAAGAGCCAGGUGGAUAGAAGCUACAGUCAUUUUACUUAAGAUUACAAAAAUUCAUUUCCUUCUAAGCUUUUACAUUAAAAGUAUAUGUUUGUUUCUAAGAACAUUAGAAUUAUGCAAAAUAUUAAUUACUGAAUCAUAUACUCUCUUUCACCCCAGUGUCAACCCUUAGAAUUAUGGUAAACCUAAUAAUUAUGACAUACACUGUACUUCAAUUUUAAUUCACCUCAACAAAAAAAAAAUUUUUUUUUUUUAAAUUUGUAAAUUUACCAGUUGUCUUGAUGGUUAAUUUUAAGAGCAUAAAUCUCAUAUUUAAUCAGUUUUCUUGCAAAUUUGACUACACAACAGUUGUCCAUUUGAUUCACAUGUUUUAAUAUUCUGAAAUGUUGCAUAAGCUAGCCUUAAAUUAAGGAUUGUAAUUUAAAUAAUGCUUCCUCUUUAGGAUGCAUAGGCUCACUGAUACAAUUCAUCUAAUAUUUCAUGUUUUACAAAGUUUUCAUUCAAGAAAAGGUAUUAUUUACAUGUUUUUUAAAUUAUUAUUUGAAUUUUUGGUACUUCAAUUUUAAUUCACCGCAAAAAUUAUCAUUACUGCUAUUUUACGUCUAUGCAGUUAUAUCCGGUUUAACAAAUACAACUGCUUCUGUAUACACCAUGAAUUCUUUGACAAUUUCUGCAUUAGUUCACAAUGAAGUCAGUUGUAUCUUGUUUCUACAACAACACUGUAUUAUACAUGCUGUCAGAUGAUGUGCUAACAACCACAAAGUUAACGGAAUGCCAAAACUCAACGCAUCAAACAUACGUGGAAAUUGGCAAAAGAGAAAAACAAUGGCACACACAGACAUAUACUUGCUUCUUAUAUGUGUGGGUUCAUUUUGCGUUGACGUGUUAAAGCAAAUGUUUUGAAUCUAUUCAGCGCCAUUCUAGAUGAUAUUGUUCAAAUUUGGCCACCACAGUAGCGGAGGACUUUAAAGGACGUAAAUAUGUUUUAAUGCAAAAGAACAUUUGUUUUAUUGAAAGUGUGAAGUGUUUUAAUGGAAAUGAGAAAUAAUGUAUAAUGUACAAUAAUUUUUUCAUUGAAUUAAACGUUUUUAUUCUAAAGAACAUUUGUUUUAUUGGAAAAAUGAAUAAUGAUAAUUUUUGCGGUGAAUUAAAAUUGAAGUACCGAAUUUUUUAAAAUUAAAAGAUUUAAAUAAGAAUUUUAUCAGACUUAGCCAUAUCAUGGCUUAUGGGGCAUAUACCGUUUUUUUGCUCCAUGUCAUAAACAUAAUUUUAGAAGAUUUUAAUUUUAGGCCAUUCAAUUAUUAAAUUUUAUCAUGUAACUAAUGCUUAUUCUUAACCUGUAGUUCUGAAAACACUUUUGCAACAUUAAUUUUCAUCGACACUAAACUAACCCAGAAUAGGGCUUUAUGUAAUUGAUAGUGGCAUAUAAGGGUGUUGAAAAUAUAUUUCAAUGAAAUCAUUUUUCAUAAGCCUUUUUAAAUAAUGUCUCUUCAAAAUCUGUUUUUCACUUCACUUUGUGUUAAUAUUUUUUAAAAAACAACAAGCUUAUGGAGUAGUGGCUCCCCUUAAACUAAUGUUGCAAGACAUUGUGAGCUUAAAUAUAUUGCUUAUAAGUUACAAUGAAGCCUUUCAGUAUCAGCAUCUAUAUAAUUAUAAAAGAGAGCCUAACAAUUUCAUAGUGGUUUGUAAUAAAUUAAGUGAUCGAGUUCAAACACUGGACUGUAAUUAUCUGCAGCAUGCAUGUUUGCACUUGUUAAUUCAUAUUCUUUGUUAUUGGUCUUUCACUAAUUAAAAUAAAGAAUAUUAUCUUCAUCAGGGGUCCUCAAUAAAACUUUCUAAAGAGGGUGCCUUUCCCUCAGAUCAGGCUGGAACAUAGUUUGCAAAAUAUGAAUGAAUUCCUAUGCACACUGCACAGAAAAAAACACUACCAUAAUUAAAAUGAAGAAAAUCAACAUGAACUUGUUAUUAUUUCAAUGAAAAGUGUGUGCCUGCUUUAGGCUAAUGAGAUGAGCAAUGUCCUGUUCUAUAUCUGUCACUUCUAACUGGUACCCCUCUGGGGGCCUGGCAGGCCAGAUUUGGCCUAUGGGCCAUAGUUUGAGGACACCUGAUCUAAGUGAUCUUUUAGGCUAAAUGAUUUAUCUAUACUGAACUCAAAAGUCCAAAACUGAGAUAAAUGAUAUGUGAUAGAUUUUGAUUUUAUUCAGUAUAAAAAAAAAGAUAAUUAGCUGCAUCAAUCAGUGAUUACUCAUAUUACCUGAUAAAUCUUUCAGACCAUAUUGUGUAGCACAUUUAUUGUAUUGCUGAGAUAAAAGUUAGUUAUCUUCUCAGGGUGUAUCAAUCUAGAUAUGUUCUUAUUACUUCAUUUGGGCCAGAUAUUUUUGCAUACCAUUUAUUAUUAAAGAUUAUCUCCCUAUAAUUUUGGGUCUAUAGCCAAAACUGAGUUGCUGUUUCUCUAGGUUAGUAUGAUAUGUGAUUUUUAUGUGAGAUAAAUUCAUAAUAAUUAAACAUUUAAAAAAAAAUUGAAUGAAGCUGAAGUGGAUUAAUAGUCAGUUUUAUUUGAGGCUAACAUUUUUUUAGUAAUGAUCAGAUGUUUUAAUCUUCUGUGUCCUGUUUAAAUACAGUGAAACCCCACACAAUGUGCUAAUUUGGCUCUUUUUUUUAAGUAGGAAGUUAGGUGAUUUCAUUUUUAAAUAGUGGAUUUUUCAAUACCUUUUGGUUAUCUAUCUUGUGUUAAAGUUGGACUAAUUUUAGUGGAUUUGUGAUAGUGUUGUAUCAGAAUAUAUAUAUAUAUAUUUUAUACUUGUUUGAUCCUUUUUUUUAAGUAUCAUCAGUAGAGCAUUCCUUUUAAAUGUUUUUUGAGGUAAACUAUUUCAGAUGUAAAAUUUUAUUCUAACAAAAUAUAAUAAACUAGGGCUUAACCAGGUGCAUUUUUUUUUACACCAGGUUGGGGUAUUUUGAGAAAAUGCCAGGUGGGUCCAAAUGUUACCAAAAAAUGUUAACAUUCUCAUUUUCUCUAAUAUAUUCUGACCUUUAGACAGUCCUACAUCCUAACUGCCAGCCUUUAAGCAAUAGACUUACAGACAGUCCUACACCAUGAUCGUGGCUCUUUAUUAAUUAAUAUAAUAAUCACCUCCGAAAAAAGUCUACCUUUUUACCUGAGUUCAACCAUCACACAUUACGCUUGCUGCUAAAACAGAUUUUUUUUUUUCACUCAGUACAAUUAAUAUUUAAUAUGGUGAGUAGGGGGUGGGACUGUUGUGAAUAGGAAGCAGCCACGCCACUAACAAUAUAUAUAUAUAUAUAUAUAUUUUUAUAAGAGAUUUGGAGAACUCUUUCUUAGACUUAAUCUCAUCCCUUUUUCUUCAGCUUCUAUAAGUAUGACUAGGUUUUGCUCUCAACUUUAUUUGCUGUCUUACUUGACCAGAAUCAAGAUGUUUUAUUUGCAUUAGGCCAACCAAGACAACUUUUAAAUGUUUAUAUAAUAAUUUACUUUUUUUUUUUUCCUUAUUUUUUCCUUAACAGAAUCUUUUGUAGAAAGUUGUUUUUGUGAACUAUGGCAGCAAGAGGAAAGAAAGGUAGGUAUUUAUCUAUAUUAUAUUUAUUGAAGCCACUACUUUUUCAAUUAAAUUUUUGUAGGAUUUAAAAUUAGCAUUACAUUUUAAUGUAUCAUGAGAAGUGAAUGCAGUUAAGAAAAGUCAAGGCAUCAUCUCAGUUAUAGUCCAUAUUGGUGCUUCAUAAAAGAACAUCACAUAUCGUUGUGUGGCCCAUUUGUUAAUUCUGUUUGGCAACAAUUGUUAAUGUUUGAGGAUUUUUUUUAUCAUAAAACAUUGAUACACAUGAAUUGAAUCUAUGCUAAAGUAUUUCAUAACAUAGGGUAUUUUCUUUUUUUGAUAUUUUUUUUGUUGUGUUUUUCACUUAAUUUAGGAUAUCCUUACAAUAUAUAAAAGUUUUAUUUUUAUUUGUUACAUUUUAAAUUUUAUUUCAGUUCUUAGUCCCAAUGACCCAGCCAGAUUUGCUGGCAAUGGUCUAAGCUACAAAGCCAAACUUAUAGGAAUAGAGAAUGUACCUGAGGCUCGGGGGGAUCAGAUGUGCCAGGAAACAAUAACAAAACUGAAGAACUCUGUCAAAAUAUCUGGCCAGCACAAGCAAAAGAUCUUUGUUCAGGUCACACUUGAAGGACUCAAAAUAAUUGACGCAAUUUCUUUGGUGAGAAUUAUUCUUUUCUUUUUGUUGUAGUUUUGUCACUUGUUUAAGGACUAGAAACCUCAUCCUACAAGCCUUUUGCUUUGUAAGUAUCAGUUGUUUUAAGUGCAUAGCAUUUUUUUACCGUUAUACUGAAACAGCAAAGAAUGUUAUUAAAAUUCAUAAUAGUUUUACCUUAUUUAUGUGGAUAUAUAAUAUGUUACUAUAGCAAAAAGUAGGGGUGUUUAGCCAUAAUUCAUUUAAAUAUGAAACCAACUCCUGCUAAAGUGACUUUAAUAAGUAAAAUGUAUGUGUUAAAAUUGUCCCAGCCCUCAGGGGAUCAUAGACAAAGCUUGACCUUAAAACCUGCUGUGGAGUACAGAGAGCAUGUGAGUGCUGAAAGUGUACAAGACUUUUUUCAACAACAUGUUUUGGGAUUCUAAGAUUGUUUAAGAAAUUAGUUGUAAAAACUCAACCACUGCUCAUUCAAAUGCUUUCUCCCAGGUAGUGUUUUUCAAAGUGAGUUAAAAAUCCUCUACACUAACGAUGUUUAUAGAUCAUAGUCACGGAGAGAAAAAACUCACAACUUGAAUUGAAAAGCAGAAUAAAAGUGCAUUUAAAAAAUGGACCCCAUUAACACAGUUUGAGAAACACUAUUUAAAGUUUGUAAAAUUACAAAUGAAUUUUAUUAUAUGCUGUGAUGUAUUCCAACCUAUAUCCAUGUCAUUUAACCCUUUUUUAAAAUUUCUCUCUCCUGAAAAAAAAUACUGUUUUGUUCCCAAAGCAUCUGACUGAAGGUUUAGGGCUCAUACUCAUGUGGGCACUAGAUCAGAAUGAAAAUAAUAUCUUUUGUGACACAUUUCAUUUUUAUUUCCAACGAAGAUAUGUUUUUAACCAAGAAAUAAAAAAACUCAAGUUAAAUGGUUUUCUGUGCUUUCUUAAUGAUUUUUUAUGUUGAUCUAGAUCUCAUUUUCAUCUGAAAACUUAUUGCAACUUAAAAGCAUAUUAUGCCCCAAUUCAUUUGACAAUGAUCUGUGCUGAAAAAAUAAUUUUUUAAAGUUAAAUCCAAUAAUUAUUUUUUUAACAAGGAUAGGAUUAUUUGUUUUGAAUAUUUGGAUAUCACUAUUUAAUUUGCUUUAAAAUUAAUAACUAUUUUAUUUUUAUUUACCUGCUAUUACCCCAUCCCCAUUUUACUGUAAUCAAAAACCUCUUGGAUGUUUGUAUGCCAUCCACACCCCUGCCCACCCAUUGUACCCUUGUUCCUGACUUCCACCCAUUCACAGAGCUUAAACCACACUAAGAAAAAAGGUGAACCUAAGAGUCCAAAACCAGGAGAGGUAACUGAAAGAACAGAAAAGGAACAAGAUUUGGUAGGCUUGUGUCUAGACCAGUAGUCCCUUACCUUUUAACACAAUUAUCCAUGUAGAAAAUCUGAUUUUAGAAUAAGCAGAUACUGUCCAAAAAUGUUAAUUUUUCAUGUUUUGGAAAAACCAUAUAAAAACCCUUGCUUGAGACCUUAAUUCAAAUAGAUACUAGGUGGCAUGUUCCUGCUGAUUGGGGAAAGACACAUUUGGAUCAAAUGAAAUAAGCCUUAGAAUAUUAAUAUUUCAACUAUCUUAAAGAUGUAAGAAAGGAUAUAAAAAGAGGGAAAUGUUUUUAGAGGGUAACAAUUUUUUACAAUAUGUAAUUAAAUGGAUGUUUUGAAAUAAUUAAACUGUUCGUUUUAAAUUAAAAAGUGUAAGCUUAUCAAUUGGUUAAAAAAGUCAUAGUUAAAAUUUUAAAGAUAUAUUUACUGAAAACCUUUUAAUUUUCAGAUAGUAUUACAUACACAUGCUGUCCACCGGAUCUCCUUCAUAUCUCGAGAUACUACAGAUAACAGAGCUUUUGGCUAUAUUUAUGGAGAAGAGGAUGGAACCCACAAGUUUUAUGCCAUCAAGACAGCAUCAGCUGUAAGCACCUCAACAAAUAAUUGUUCUCAUCUUUUCUAUUUGAACCUCUUGGUUUUAAAACUCAUAUUAACAUUUUUUUCAAAUUCAUUAUGCAAAGAAAUGUGCAGAAAAUAUUUUCAAAAAAUACGAAGAAAAAAAAAUAUAUCUAAGAUUCUUCUACAUUGAAUGGGAAUCCUUUGGCUACAUAGAGUGCUUCUCAAUGCUGCACAUACUUUCUUAGCGUAAUGAAUUUUAAGAAAAUUAUUUUCUACUGUUCAGUGCGUUUAAACUCAUUUAAACUUGUCUUCAAUAGAAAGUUGUUUUUUUUUAAAUUGAAUUUUUUUAUUAUGAAUGCAAUGGUAAUUUGGGAUAUUUUUAAAAAGACAAAUUAUUGGUUGUAGAAAUUAAAUUUUAAAACAAUUAUGGGUUUUAUUGGCCUACAUAGAAAUAUAUUAGUUGCUUUCAUAAAAUAUUGGUUAUGUUUAAUUAAGUCCUUAAAUAUAUUAGUUGCUUUCAUAAAAUAUUGGUUAUGUUUAAUUAAGUCCUUAAACAUUUAUUGGAAAUGUGUGUCAUGGCAAUUUCAAUAAGUGAAUUUUUUAGCAUCCUUUUGUGUGUGGUAAUUAAUUUUUUUUUUAUUUUUGGUUCAGAAAAAAAGUGACCUUUAUUAUUCCCAUUCAUUUGUUUUGAUUUCAAAAUCUCCUGUCAUAUUAAAAACUUUCAUACCUUCGAAUUUUGUAUUUUGACAAUUGUUGAGCAAUGAAAUCAGGAUGGGGCUGCAACUUUUUAUCAAUGACAUUUCAACCAUCACAGUAUCUAAAUUUCAUUAGGAUGAGCACACUACCUAUUUUAAUGUUGAUUCUUGUUGUUCGUUCUUCGCAUGCGAAGAUGACCAAGGUUAAUUUCAACCAUGAGUACAAAGGCGGCUUGCUAUCCUAUUUGUGCCUGGAAAGCUUUCUAGCACCUAGGAUACACUAUUGUUCAACAUCCAGUUACUCUAAUGGCUAGCUUUUUUGUAAUUAAAGGUUUAUUUUACUUUCCUCCUUUGACUAUUUUAGGCUGAACAGUUGGUCUUGGCCUUGAGGGACCUGUUUCAGGUGGUUUAUGAGAUGAAAAAGAAGGAGAUGGAUGAAGCCAAAGAGAAUUUAGAGACAGGAGAAAUUGCUCAAAACAACAAUGAGGGAAACUUACAGCCCUCGGGGGAUGGGUCUACCUCGGGGAAUGGGCAGGUAUCAGAAAUGUACUUUUCAAUCUGGUCUAACUGGUCAUGGCUUUGGUCUUCUAAUUUUUCCAGACAAAAUAUAAUUGUUUCUGUGACAUUCAAGUGUCUCAUGAUUUAGUUUCAAACAAAGCAAUGUCAUAAGUUAUGAUGUAUGGCAGGAAUGAAUUAAGCCUCUUAAUGCUAAACUUUUUUUAUAUAUGACAUACUUAAUUUAUUUAUUAAUUUUUUUCUAAUUCAGGGGAUCAUAACUUUGUCAUUUAAUUUGCCAAACUCUGAUUUCUUUAUAUAUUUUUAAAUAAUAUAGCCAAGUUGACUUUAAAAGAUCAAUCAUAGCAAAUACUUUAAAUUUUCUCAUAGGCCCCUCUGGAGAAAGCGAAUGCUGAUGGAGAAAAUAUUUAUCAGGUAUGAUAUCACAUUAUAAGUUUCAAUGAUUGCCUUAAUUCUUGCCAAAUGCCAGUGUGUAGAAAACUUUAUAUUUCUUAUUUCUUUUUUAAAUUCACUUUAAAUAAUUAGUGAUCUAAAGCUUUUGUCAUGACCUCUGUAACAAUAGCCAUGGAAUGAAUCGCUAAAAAUGUUGUGUCUCUUGAAAUCUGUCAUUGUAUAUCUUUACAUGCAUGAUGCAUAUACAGACCUGUUUACUCUUACGAUUUUGGUGUACAAUAUAAGAUUUUAAGAUCUCUUAUAUGAUUGUAUGCAAAGACCUGUCAGGACUAGGAUUUUAAGAGACCGGGUUAAAAAUAUAUACAUUCCGAAGUUUUUCCAAGAUAAAAAAAAAAAUUCUAAGUACAUUUUCAGUUUUUAGUUUUAACUUUUGCACUCUACAUCCAGCAGUGAAUUAAUUGAGAAAUACGAUUGGUUGGGAACCAUCUAUAAUUAUAUAACUUUUGCCCUGAAAGAGGAAUGGAUAGGUAUUGCUUUAGGAGAUUUUGUGCACGGCUGUGUCGGAAGGAUUGGGGUCUAAAAAAUGAACUCAGCCAAAUUUUGGUAAUGAUAAUAGUGAUGGUCACACAGUUGCUUUGUGUUUUCAUAAUACAUUCGCUAGACAUGACAACAGUAAUAUUAGCGCAGUUGCCCUAGUGACAAUUUUAGUAAAUCCAGGGCCAUCUUUAUAGCACGUAUACACUGAGGUGUAUGUCAAUAUUUAAGGUAUACACUGAGGUGUAUGUCAAUAUUUAAGACUUUGCUUACGCUGUCUCAGCAGAAAGUAUGUACACUAUUUAAAAAUUCUACAAUAUUCAUCCUGUUACUCCGAAAGUCCAUAAAUAGCAUAUUUAUAUCUCGAAUGCUGUAAACAUAUCACACAAUGUUUUGUAGGGAUUAUUGUCAUAAUGUUGCCAUGUAUUUUCAUAAAUGAAGUCGCUAGAUAUACUCAGAUAGUACUCAGUAUUAAGGUAUUACAGCAAAAUAUAUCCCACAAAUGUGCAACAUGCAUGUGAAAUAUGUUUGGUUGGGUUAUGCCAGUGGUUCUAAAAUUUUCGUUUCCCGGCACCUAGGCCAAAUUUAGGUUUUCACCAGGCUCCCUGUGUUAAAUUCUUACAAAUACACCUCAAAAUAUCAAAAACAUAAAUAAAAUGAAAUAAAUAGUUGGAUAAAAAUAAAUAUAACACGUAUGUAGGUCACUAAGCUCCAUCUAGAAACUGCAAACAGUAGUUACUCAAAUGAGUUACUAUUUGCACCACGACCGCUAGAUGUUAUAAUUGAUUAAAAGUGAAAAUUAAUUUUUUAAAAAAUAUUUCUCUGUGAGCCCGUGAACAAGCCGCAGGAACUCAUAAAGAAAAGGGGGGGGGGGGGGGUUUUCUGUAAUAAAAAAAGCACCCAAACAACGGGGGGGGGGGGUGUUUGAAUUUUUUUUUUUUUAUAUACCACAAAUAGAUGGCCCUCGCGUUUGUUGGCCUAUGCACUGUGUGACAUAAUUUUGUGACAAUUACAUAAUGGUGUGAAAGUAAUUUCUUAUAGUUAACCGCUAUGAGUGCAGAAAUGGAGAAAACUAGAGGAUCCAUUCUCAAAUGUUCGGAGCAGCAACAUUAGAUUUCAACAUAUUUUAUAGGAUCUGAGAGGACCUUUGAAAUCUAUUUUUAGAAUGCACAAAACAGCUGUACAAUUUUUAAUAGGCCGACUUCCUUCCACCCAUUUACAGCUUUUGAUAGUAAUGAGACUGUAAUAUCUACUUUAUAAGGUUCCUUUUUUGACACCAGCUUAACUCGAUUCCACUAGACAUGAGAUGCAAGCAGUUUUUGUUUACCUUAUACAUGCUGUAGGUUAAUUAAUUUUUUUAUUAGGAUACCGGUACUGAAUUUUAUGAUUUUUAGACGAAUGGUACAUUUUAGGACUAUGAGGGUAAACAGGUCUGCAUAUAUAAGGCAAAAUUAAUUUUUCGUUUUAGUUUCUAAGAAUUAUUCUCUCUUUAAAUAAAUCAUCCAAUUUUAGUGUUUUUGUUUCUAAGGCCAAUUUUGGUCAUUUUUACCCACUUUGAAGAGCCACUGCUAAACUCAGAAAAAAGUGGAAAAAAAAUGAUGUACUUUUUAAUAAUUUUUUUUUAAAGAAGAAAGGCAAUAAUUAUUGCUAAAGUAACUUUUCAAUUUGCUUUUGAUGCUUAUUUAAUCACCAUAAAAAAAAUUAUUAAUUUCUUAAAUAAUUAUUGCAUGCAAUUUUAAGCAUGAUAUAGAUUUCUGUUGGUUUGAAUACUGAGGCCUUAGUAGUUAAUGGAUGGUUAAUAGAUUGAUUGUCAUAUGAGAAUGUUAGAUUACAUCUGAGUAUUCAUACAUUGCAGCAUUUAAAAAAAAUUUUUUUUUGCUUUUAAAUCUUCUGGUACCAUCUGUUAUUGCAUAGAAUGUAAUGCAUAAGUUACCAUGCAGGUGCCAACCAACAAUGCUCCAGUGAACCCACCAACCCAGGCAGAGCAGGUUGCCAACUUACUUGACCUUGAAGACCAGGCGGAUCAUAUUCUUAAAGUGGGUGUUUUCUCUGCCUUAAAAAAAAAAAGUUCAAUUAUUAAACCAUUUUUUACCAAAAUUGUCUUGUGAACCCCUUUUAUUAUAUAGCCAUACAACUCAUGGUACUUAUACAUAUGCAUAAAGAUACAUGCUAUUAAGAUAAUAUAAAAGUAAAUUUUUCAGGAUAUAAUUCAGAUAAUAUGAUUUUAAUUUCAGUACUUGCAUCUCGGUGACUGAUAAUACGAUUGCAAUUUCAGUACUUGCAUCUAGGCUUAUAUCAUUUUGAACUUAAAAUCUGCUUCUUGAUCUUUUUCUUGAGAUGAAGAAACAACCGAAAUUCCCUCUUGCUUAGAUAUGUAGAAUCAAAUGGAUGUAAAACUUUAAAUGCUUGCUCAGAAAUAUUUUAAUAAAGGAUUUAAAAUAACCAGUAACAGUAACAAUGAAUUUCUGGUUUUGAUUCGUUCACCUUCAAAUUGUUGUACCAGAAUAAAAACCUUUUAAACAUUAAAGAAAUAGCAAAACGAGGAAUGUGGAAGCUUGAAUUUAAGGACAAGGCAAUAAGAUCCGAACGUUUCGGCAUAGAGCCUUCCUCAACGCACAGGACAAAUGAAAAUAUCACAAGGAACAGAGCACAGUAAACUUGUAUCUUGUCCUUAAAUUCAAGCUUCCACAUUCCUUGUUUUGCUAUUUCAUUUACUUAGCUUGAACUUGAAUGCAGUCGUUUAAUUAUUAAAAUUUAAUGCUGCCCAGAUUUCAUUGGCAUUUCUGCAGUUUGGAUACUAAUGACUAAAUUUGAUGUUUGUCUCCUGCCCAUGAAUUGUUUAGUUCACCGUCUUUACUUGUUCUAACUUGCCUGCCAAGUAUGCAACCCAUUACUGCAAUUUUCUUGGUUUUAUUUGAUAAAACUUAAGUCAAGCAGAGCCUGUCCCAAUAUCUUACACCUCAAUACUUGGCAUCACCAAAGUUUCUACAAGCUAGUGUUUCUUAGGCUCAUCUUUAUAGCUAACCUGCUUCUGGUUUAGUUAAGACCUCAGAUAACAAUGAAUACAGUCAAGUAAGAAAGUUUUUGCAUUGUAAAAUUUGAUUAAAACUGGAAUUAAACGUGUGUGUUAUUCUAUUUUACAUGUAUUUUUGUUUUCUGAUUUGUGCAAGGGGAUAAUUAAGUAUUUUUAAAGAAAUAUACAAAUUGUAACUACCCUUCCAGUGUACAUUUUAUUUUUGUUUCUUGAUGACUCAUAAAACUUUAAAGAAAUAACUUUUUGCAAAGAAUUAAAACCUAAUUUGGAAGUUUUUCUUUUAUUAGUUUUAUGUCAUUGAAUAGGAAUAUAUCAUCAGAAAUUGUGUAUUGAUCUAUAGAUUAUUAUGGCCAUUAAUGUGAUCUGCCCUUGUUAUUCAUAAAAUGCUAUCUUUUGGCAUCUAAGAAGAGCUUCUUGCAGCAAGGCUCACCUGAUGGAAGUUUAGUUAUUUUUAGAUAUCUUGGAAUUUAAAUUAGCUAUCUCAUUUUUUUUCUUACCAGGAUAUAGAGCAGAUCAAGAAUUUGGAAUUCGAUUCCCUCACAAGUGACUCUUUAUUUUCCCCAACAUCACCCUCACCAUCACUAACAUCACAGUUAGCCAAUUUGGCUACACCCUCAUCUGCAGGGACUGCUUCCAUUGUUGAUCCCUGGGGACUGUCAUCAAACGCUGCACCAAGCCGUAAGUGUUUUGACAUUAGAUAUUGACUUCUAAAAGCUUAAAUAUAAUCCAAGAUUCUUCUCAAACUUAUGCUAUUUUAUUUAUUUGAAACAUGUUCUGGUUCUGGUAGUGUACGUUGCUGCAUCCAUAUACUGGCAUCUGUGCAACGGUUGGGGAAGCCUUUAAAAUGGUAACACCUAUUGACUGACAUCAUCAAAAUUAUAUUUAUUAAAAAACAAGACUUGUGUGGUUUAUUGUUGCGGUUACAAAUAAAAUGGAUAUUUAUUUUAAAUCUGUAACGGAAAUGGUGUUUUGGGAAAUGACUUGUUAUUUUUGUUUGCUUGGCAGCUGUCUCCCCUGCUUCAUCUGCUUUAGGAGAUUUGGCAGGGCUACAAACUGGCCCAUUCUCUUCUACACCACAGACACCCUUUUCAAGUCCUUUCCAGAUGCAGACGGGCUUCAUGGGCGCUCCACGCUUUGUGAGCAUUUUCACUGGUUUAUUUAAAAGUAGCAAGCUUAAUCAGGGCCCCUAUUACUGAUGUGAAUUAGAACUGGUUUAUUUAAAAGAAGCAAGCUUAAUCAGGGCCUCUAUUACUGAUGUGAAUUAGAACUGGUUUAUUUAAAAGAAGCAAGCUUAAUCAGGGCCCCUAUUACUGAUGUGAAUUAGAACUGGUUUAUUUAAAAGAAGCAAGCUUAAUCAGGGCCCCUAUUACUGAUGUGAAUUAGAACUGGUUUAUUUAAAAGAAGCAAGCUUAAUCAGGGCCCCUAAAGCUUAAUCAGGGCCCCUAUUACUGAUGUGAAUGAGAAAACAUCAUUUGAAAAACCAUACUAUUUUUUUUAAAUUUAGCAAUUUUCAUACAUUUAAUGUAGAUGUUUUGCAUGAGCAACAACAACAAAAAAAAGACAAUUGAUUCCACUGAUACUUUUAUUGUGAUGUUAUACUCUGUGGAGCUUAAUUAGCAGACCUGUUUACCCCCAGACUCUUAAAAAUCGUACAAUAUCAUCUCAAAAUCGUUCAAUACAUUAUCUUAAUAGUAAAAAAAUAAACAUACAAUAUAUAUAAUGCAUACACCUAAAAAUCGUACAGUGUAUGCCAAAAUCGUAAGAGUAAACAGGUCUGAAUUAGGAUCUUCCUUAUUGUUGUGUUUUGGUGGACUAUACAUAAACUGUUGGCAAGUCUGAUGAACUGCUCAGCCACAAAAUUGGGGCAGACUUUUUCAAGACACACUGGACAUGUGUCACUGCUGUACAUGUAGGCACAUUACUACACAACAUGAUGUUCAUGUCAGGCCACCACAUGUAUCAUUAUGCAUAUCUCAAUGUCAUAUAGUACAUGUGUAAAAAAGUACAACAAAAAUACCCCCCCCCCCCCAAUAGACUGUCAAUUCAAGCUGACCUCAUAACACAGUCUUCUGCUUUUUUUUUAAAUAUAUAAAGGGGGCCUCAAUUUAAUAGGAACAUAAAGGAGGCUUUAAUUUAAUAGGAAUAUAAAGAGGGCCUUAUCAUAAGGCCCUUAUGGCCAGGAUUUUAAACGGUGUACCCUUAUGUCCAAACAAAUAUGGGUGCUGACAAAGCUCAUUCUGUCAUUGAUGAUAAGUUAUAUUGGCAAUGACUUAUAAAUCAUGCAUUUACAAAUUUGCUUCAGCCUACAACUUAAUUUAAUAUUUGACUGUUUUACUCAGAAUGUGAUGGGCGGUGGCAGUCUACCAGUGAACAGAGACCCAUUUGGAAAUGAUCCAUUUAACACUGGGGCACAGCAGCGUGUCCAGCCAGCCCCUGGAUUUGGGGCUGCACCCAAUAUGUUUGGAUCCGGGGGCAUGGCCCCUCAAUUUGGAGCUCCCCCUGGUGGAAACAUGAUGACAUCAGGACUCAUGCCGGGUUUAGUGUCGCACGGUUUUAUGUCACAGCCAGGAGUGGGAGGGAUACGCAACCCCUUUGCACCACAGUUUGCUGCUCCACAGUUUGCUGCCCCGCAGAUGACCAGUCUUUUUGCUGAGGAGGAACCCAACCUUCUGAAACCCAUGAAAAAAGAGAGUGGAGCAGAAGCAAGUGGCACCACUGCUGCAGAUUCAGCACUCGCUCGAUCAAAGUCUCCACGAGAUGAUCUGUUCGGAGACCUAGUGGAUAUUAAGAAGACAACUCCGGUGGCUGCCUUGUCACCGAAGGAUUUGUUUGUCCAAGCCAACGCACCUGAAAGGAAAUCAUUAAAUGAAAUGAAAUCCUCUCCUAAGCCAGCUGUAGUGGCUAGUGCUCAGGCAAGUGAUCCUGUCUCGCCUGAUCCCUUUCAACAAACCAAUUUUUUUGCAACAGAUUUCCCGCCUAGCUCUUUUGAAACCAGCGAAGGGUCUCCUUCAGAGACUUUACCUGAUCCCCCAGAAAUGGAUCCCCCUGGCUGUCCAAUACUUUCAAAUGAUCCCUUAAAUCUUGAUGCACCUCCCCCUGUUCCAGAGAGACAACUUUUUAACAGUUAUGCUGACCCACAUACUUACACACCUCAACCUCUGCAGGCAAACCCUUCAUCCUCCACUCAGGUUAAUCCGCCAGUGCCCAGACGAUCAAAUAUCAAAUGUAAAGACACACUGCUUACAGGUGCACCACAUCCGUUUCCACAGUUAAUUUUGUCUGUUUCAUCUACCAACUAUUCAUGUAUGCUACCCUCCCCCGAUGAACCGCCUCCUCCCCUUCCGCCUCAUUUAACAUCCCCGGUUGUUGCUCCUACUCCACCACCUCGACCGUCAUCAUCAUUAUCAUCGUCACAACAAUCUCCCACCCAUCAAAAAAACUCUGGAGAAAACCUGCCUAUAUUGAUAUCAGCAGGUCAUCAUUUCAAUAUUGCAGACAAAGCUGGUUAUGAGUCUUCUCAUGUCUGUGAUAACACAAUAGAAUCUCAAAAUUUCCCUGAUGAAGAGAAAAUGGAAUCUCCUGACUUUUAUUUAAAUACAGAAACUUGCAAUAUAUCACAUGCUGAUCCCGGUAAAUGUACACCACCAUUAAAUAACAAUACUCUUGUAUGUAAGGGUGAGCCUCAUGGGGCUGACCCCAUGUUUAAUGCAUCUGAUCCAUUUCAUGACAAUAUUACUAGCCUGAACAAGUCCGAUAUCCACUUUGAGAGUGACCCAUUUUCAGAAUCAUUUGUUGCCAAAGAUGAGAAGGAUCCCUUUAACUUACCUUUUCAUCUAACACCCGGGUUCAAAGCUGUAGCCAAAUUUGGCAGUGAUCCGUUUGAUGACAGCUUUAGCGGCUUCUCAUCCAGUAAAGCAGACCACUGGGAUGCAUUUGGUGCAUCAGAACAUGGAGCAAAUUUAGAAAGUGGUGGCAGCAGUGUGGUAAGUAGUUUAUUGAUGACCACAUAAGGAAUGAAAAUAGAGGUGCUGUAUGGAAUAUUUAACUGGCAUUCAAAAUUUAACAUAUAUACAUUGAGCAUCAAUCGAUUUUAAUGUGUAUCUACACAACCCCAGCAUGAAAUAACUGCACUCACCUGCUUUUUACCAUUUAAAUUAUUACUAAUAAUUCUUUUAAAAAAGUAUAGACAGUUUCAUCAUUUCUAUAGAACCGUUUAGCACCAGGCUACUAAGACAAACAAUGUUUUAUUUCUUUUCAUUGUCUCUUGAUGCUGCAGAUGUGAACAUUUCUGACCAAAAAAAAUACAAACAAGAGAGCAUUAAUAAGUAAGCAGUUCUUUCAUUUAGUAUAAAAAUAGUAAAAAUAAUGCAAAAUGUUGAGUUCUAAAUAUUUCAGCAAAGCUUGUUAAGAGUUGUUUUGUUAUGGGAAGAAUCAUGGUUAUUUAAAAAAUAAUUUUUAUUACUCUUUGGCAAUUUUAACACAUUCUGCUUGUGAACACCUUUUCUUUCCCCCCAAUCAGAUUUACGCACCCACUUGUUUACCUCAUAACCUCGCUUGUUGUGUAAUCUUUUUUUCAUAUCCAUCCCUUGAAUUCUUAUAAUUUUAGACAUGAAAACUUUACAUUGGAAUUGAAAUAAAUUUAAAUUUUUAACAUGUUCAGUUUUGUCACUGAAUUACUUUCAGUAGCUUAAAAUUUAGCUAGCCCGGUAGAUGUUACUGCACCAAAUUCUUAUCUUAGAACACAAAUUUGUCACUUGUAAAUUAAAAUUAAACUAAUUCUUUUUAAAUAUUUAAAAAGCUUCAAUAAUCAAAAGGAACUAUAAUAUGGCAUUAACAUAAUAUAUAAAAAUGAAAUGUAUAUUAUUACAUAUUUGUGUAUAUAUUAAUAUUAUUAAUAUAUGCAUAAAUAUGUAGAGAAAAGCAUUUUAUUGCUUUUAAUAUGUAGCACAUUCAAUAUCAUUUAAUUAUUUAGUGUUUUAUAUGUGUGAUAUUUGCAUUAAAGUAUUUAAUCAAUUAUUUCCCCUGGUUAACACUGGAAACAAUAGUCUUUUACGUUUUUGAGCCUGAGAUGUAAGAAUAAUGUAAUUGUCAAUUGUUCCUGCUGCAUGCUUUCACUUUAAGUAAAUAAAUAAGGAACUUGAAUUUUUACUCUUAUUACAAUGCCCUGUAAUCUCAUAUUAAUACCUAGAACUAACUGGUUUUACAUAAAUGGGGAAAAAUUAACAGGCUAAUUUUGCACUAAUUGUAACAUGAAAUAUUUCCUCUUUUCCUUACAUUGCUUCAUAUGUUAUUUUAAAUUUACAAUGAACUUUAAAAAUCUAAGGCAAUGACACAAAACUUCAAUGCAUUCAAAUUUACUCCAAAUUGAAGAAGGUGCAAAGAUGUCUGCUUCAUGGGACAUCGGGUCUAAAAAGGCAAUAGGGAUUCAUAUUUUUAACUAUGAAAUUUAACAGAAAUCUCCUAAUGAGCCGUUGUUUGCUUGUAUUGUUCUGUAUUAACUUGCCUGCUGUCCAGGAACUUUGAUCUGUUAACAUUUACUGAUAUUGUAGGUUUGGUGAGUAGGCCUGAUCUUUAAAUUGGAACAUUAAUACAAGUUCACUACCUCAAUGAAAAUAACAGAAUAUAAUUGACAAUACCCAAGUGUAUUUAUUGAUGCUCACCUAGUGCUAUUAGGUUGAAGGGUUCAUUAAAAAGAGAUUAGUGUACUUUAAGAAUUUGUGGGUGCUUUGAUCUUAUUUGGUUAUUGGCAGAGGCUCACAAUGUUAUAUAUAAUGGUGAGAAUACAAGUUAAAUUUCAGUACCGUAGUCUUAAACAGCAGAAACUCUUCAAAAAGCUUAACUCUAACUCAGGGUAAUCAAAUUUUCAAUAAGUGCUGUGGCAUAACAGCUAUUUUUAGUUCACAAGCUCUUUUCCAAUCCUACUGUAUGGAUUGUGUUGCAAAUUUUUUUUGAAUGCUUUUUAUAAAUGGUUGUCUUUGUUGAUGAUACUAACUACUAGAACUUAUCCAUGUAUGUUUUCUUUGGCCGUGAGCGUUAUGUUUACUCUCUGAAGAGUGUGAUCCAAAAGUGAGCGUUAUGUUUACUCACUGAAGAGUGUGAUCCAACAGUGUAUCUGCUUCGCCAGCUGUAGAGCACAGUCACAGUGUAGUGACCAAUAAGAAUCUAGCCUUACCAAUGUAAAUAUUUACAUUUUAAAAUGAAAGGUGAAAAAUUACAUUUCUACAACAAAUAUUUUUUAAGUUCUCAAUGGACUCCUGGCAUAAUGUCAGGCAACGCAAGAGGAGUUGCAACCUACAGCUUUUGGGCCAUUUGAUUAGUUUGAUUCACAAAGAAUUUUUUAAAAAGAGAUUUUUUUAAUGUGUUAUCCUUUAACUUAAGAGUAACUCUUUUUCUCAUAUAUUUUUAUAAUUUAUAUUAUAAUACUAAUUUUAAUGAAUAAUUUUAUAUUAUUUCACUAGCCAAGUCCUGUUUUUGAUGCUUUUAGUGCCUCUCUGCAACCUACCAAUGGAACUGUGAGUAUCGUUCAUUUUAAUAAUACUUUACUGAUGGAUGAGUUUCUGUACAUUUAGACUUAGACCCCUCCAAGUUACACAUAAACCUUUGUAAAUAACAUGAAAUUCUCAAAUUCUAUUAUUAUAUUAUAUUAGAAUGAAAAAAUUAUUUACUCAACAGCCAUUGCCAGCAAUAAAUCCCUUUGGUGUCUCAUCUGCUCUAACUGAUGAACCAGUAAGUGGUUUCUAUAUAAUUUAAUUAAAAUUUAACAUUAAAAGUUUCCCACUUAUUAUGUAGCCGAGACAGUUAAGGAAUUGGCUUUUGAAGGUUCUCUCUGUCCUUUUCUGCGGGAGUUACAGAGUGGUUAUUGUAGUUACUCAGUGCAAAGAGGUUUGAACCUAGCCAUAUGUUAGGCACCUUUGUGAAGUCUGGCUGUUAGGAAUUUUUUUAAAAAAUUUGUUGAAAAACUGGUUCAUUUUUUAAAGACCUAACAAAGUAGCAUAUAUUAUUAUAAUUUUCAAAUUCAAGCCAGCAAACUAAGCAAGGGAAAAUAUGGCCUUCGGCCCUGGAAGUAAAGGCAAUGAGAAAAGGUUCAUAAUAAUAGUUAUAAUAUAUAGUCCCAUGGUAGUAAUAAUAAUAUAUAGUUCAAAUGGUGUUAGUAAUAUAUAAUGUAUAUAGUAGUACAGGUAAUGAUGUAUAUAUUUCCAUUCACAGGUCAGUGGCAACUCACUCCUUGACUGAACUGUUGUUGACAGAACAACUCAAUUUCACCUGUUGCCCAUUUACUGAGCUUUCAAUCCCUAAAACUUUCAAUAAAAUAUUACUAAAAAUUACUUUUAAAAUCUUCACCUUGAUUCUUAAUUUAAAGAAUUAACUUUAAUUUCCAGAUUCCCCUCCCAAUACAAACAAAAAACUAUACUAUAUACAUAAUUGUAAUACAGUAUUAUGGUUCUUUUUCAAUAGCUUUUAUUACCUUAUUUUCCGGUAUGCUGGUGUAUUAUAAUAAGUGGACUUUUAAACCCAUAAAAAUCUUUUCAAAUGAGGUGGGGGUGUCUUAUAAGCUGGUAUACAGCCCAAAACCCUAAAGGAAAACUAGGGGGUGAUGCUGGAAAAUAUGGUAUUUUAAGACAGGUGUUUUCAUUGUAUAUUUUUAUUAUUUUUCAAACAUGCUGAGAGCAGUAAUUAUUAAACCCUUAGUUGAAAAUGUUAAUAAAAUGUGAUUUUAAAAACUUUGAAUUGUUUUAAUAUUUUAAUUAGAACUCUUAGAAUUACAUUAGCUACAACUUGGGUGUGUUUAUGCAAAAAAAUAUUCUUUGAUACAAAUAAAUCAAAAAGCUUUUUCAGGGCAAUACCUAUCUUUUAACCAAGAUAUGUUACAAUAAUUUAAACACAAGAAAUAUCAUUAGUAUUUCUGUAGCCAUAAAAUAAAUUGUACAUCUUUUUAUCCCAGAACUGGAGUAAGAAUUCACCCCUGCUGAUGAAGUGGCUGAAAUCCAAAAAUAUUGUUAAACUAUUUUCUUCAAUUAGUUCAAGUGAAGGAUCUUUAGUUUGUGUGACCUUGCUAGCUUUAAGAGUAAAUGGUGUUUGUUACCACACCAGACGUAAUCCCAAGGCUUCCAAUUAUUGCACUGUAGAAUUAUGUUAAUCUACCAGAAAUUUUGUUGACUUUUUUUUAUAAAGAAUUUGCCAUUAUUUAUAGUGAAAGCUAGGUACUUAUGUCUUUACUUGCCCAAGUUUGAGAAUCUUGGAUUAUAAUUAUUAGAAGUUAUUAGAAG